CCAAAGUCCGUAAGGCCGAAUCUCUGCUCUGAAAGUGGACACAAAUGGAAGUCGUGAACACUUACAAACGCAAGCGGGACACAGCCGUCGCACCUGCUGGCGCCACCGCCGUCGCACCCACUGGCGUCGUCGCCGGCAGUAACGACAUUGACCUUUCUCUACUUGAAGCCGUCGAGAAAUCUCAAAGCACCGUCGAUGUGCUUGACAUCCGCACCUUGAAAAAGCUAGUUCUCUCCUUCGAGCGUCGGCUGAAAGAGAACAUCGAGGCUCGCCUCAAGUACCCGAACCAACCGGAGCGAUUUGCGGACUCCGAGAUCGAUCUUCACGAUGAGCUGCAGAAGCUCAAGAUCCUUGCUGGAGCACCUGAGCUCUAUCCCGAUCUUGUCAAUCUUAACGCCAUCCCGUCUAUACUCAAUCUAUUGUCUCACGAGAACACCGACAUUGCCAUUGAUGUCGUGCAGUUGCUCCAGGAUCUAACGGACGAGGAUGUUUUGGACGAUAACGAUGAGCCAGCCAGCAUUUUGGUGGACUCGCUUAUUGAAAACAACGUAUUGGAGUUGUUGGUGCAGAAUUUGCAGCGAUUGUCGGAGACUGAUCCGGAUGAGAUGGCUGCAGUUUAUACCACGUUGGCGACGAUUGAGAAUUUGAUCGAGGUGAAGCCAGCGGUGGCGGAAUUGGUGUGUGAAAGGACCAAGUUGUUGAGAUGGUUGUUGGGGAAGAUAAAGGUCAGGGAGUUUGAUGGUAACAAGCAGUAUGCUUCAGAGAUUCUGGCCAUUUUGUUGCAGAACAGUACAGCAAAUCAGAAGAGGUUGGGGCAAAUGAAUGGGGUGGAUGUGGUGUUGCAGGCGGUGGCCAUGUAUAAGUCCAAGGACCCCAAGAGUGCGGAUGAGGAAGAGAUGCUAGAGAAUCUAUUUGAUUGCUUGUGCUGUCUGCUGAUGCCUUUGGAGAACAAGGAGAGGUUUGUAAAGGCUGAGGGUGUAGAGCUCAUGAUUAUAAUUAUGAAGCAGAAGAAAUCAGCUUAUGGUUCUGCAAUAAGAGCGCUUGAUUUUGCCAUGACCAAGUAUCCACCUGCAUGUGAGCGGUUUGUGGAUGUCUUGGGUUUGAAGACUGCCUUUGCUGCUUUCAUGGGUAAGAUUCCAAACAAGAAGAAUAAGAAAGAACGGUAUCAGGAGGAGUUGGAAGAGCGCCUUGUAUCCUUACUUGCAUCAUUAUUUGGUGGAAUUUUAAGGGGUUCUAGAAGGGACAGGUUGUUAAGUAAGUUUGUUGAGAAUGAGUGUGAGAAGAUAGACCGCCUUAUGGAACUGUACAUGAGAUAUUCUGAUAGAGUGAAAUCAGAAACUCGAAGGAUGGACCAACUUGAACUUGAUGAUUUAGAGAUGGAUGAAGAGGAAAGGUACAAUAGAAAGCUUGAAUCUGGACUUUACACUCUUCAGUUGAUUGCAGUUAUGCUAGGUCAUCUUUGGUGCUCUGAGCAGGCACAAAUGAGAGCUAGAAUUGAUUUAUUACUCAAGCAACAAAAGCUUAGUCGGAAAGAUGUCAAGGAUAUUCUUCAGGAAUAUCAUGAUAACAUUGGUGACCUAGAUGGACCAGAAGAGAAGGAACGUGCACAGGGAAGGAUACAGAAGUUCAUCCUGGCUUUAUGAUCAUCACAUAAGAUUAAACUAGUCUGAAUGUCAGUUUAAUGUUGAGAUAUAUUGUGGACGAACUGAGAUACUUAUGCAAUUAGGUUGUGUUUGGUUAAGUUUCUCCAGAGGGUUGAAGGGAGAACAUUAGGAAUUUGGAUGGGAUGCAAUUAGCGUUGUUGUUGUCAACUAGAAAAAUGGCUAGGAUCCAGAGCAAUCAGUAUUGUUGAUGGUAUAGACAAACCCAAUCGUUGUGGAUCAUAUGCAGUGCAUUCUUGAUCCACGACGUUAUUAUAACUCUAUGGUAAUGGGAGUCUGGCUGGGUUAGUGUUUAUGACUCGAGAGAGACAGCUAACCCUUGGUUGUAAUUAAAAAAAAAAAAAUUUU